AUGACAAUUAGAAUGGCUCGUCCAGACCGGGGACAACACUUCCGACCCCGCUUGCACUGCCUUAAAAAGCUGGAAGCCAUUGUGGUGGAGAUGCAGGACACAACAAGUGGGGUCAAGGGCUCGGAGCAGAAACUCAAUGUCACUACCAUCCCACAUGUAAUCACUGGUAAAGACAUCAUCGCAUGGAUUACCAACAAGAUGAAGACCACUCCAGAAGAGGGUCAGACCUUUGGCACCAUGUUAGUGGCCUAUGGCUACAUCUACCCCCUGCAGAACCACAAGAAGCUGGUGAUGUGCAACGACACCAGCCUCUAUCGCUUCCAGACCCCAUACUUCUGGCCUACACAGAAAUGGGUUGCAGAGGACUCUGAUUAUGCCAUUUACCUGGCAAAGAGGAACAUCCGCAAGAAAGGCAUGCUCGAGCCCUAUGAACAGGCACAUUACAACCACCUCCAUGAAUGGCUGAACCACAAGUGGGACUUUAUCGUGAUGCAAGCCACUGAACAGUACAAGGCUGGUAAGGAGAGGAAGAAGCCGGACCGUGUGGUGUUUGACUGCCAGGAGAGAGCUUACUGGAUAGUGAACAGGCCCCCGUGUCGUACUCACAGCGCUAUGGACAACAGUCCAGACCGUCUUAUUGAUCCCAACUCAGAGGAGAAAAUCCCAUUUGACAUGUACAGACGCAUGAACCUUUUCUAUCAACAAGCUAUCAUGAGGUCAAAGGUCAAAUCUAGUGUGUCCCUUGGAGCACUGACCAAGUACAUCACAACCUACAAAACCCACGACUCCUUCCUGGCUCCCUGUCUACCCAGCAACCCCUGGCAAACAGACAAUGACACCUACUGGACCCUCAACAUGAGACGAGUUGACGUCCCCACUAAGAUGCGAGUAGAGCGCUGGUCCUUCAGCUUGUUUGAGCUGCUGAGUGACCUGCGAGGCCGGGAUGACUUCAAGAUCUUCCUCAAGAAGGAGUUCAGCGGGGAGAACAUGGCUUUUUGGGAGGCAGCUGAAGAACUGAAGUGGGGCACUGCCUCUUCCAUGACGUCAAAAGCUGAGACAAUUUUCAAGACCUUCCUUGCCCCUGGUGCCCCCCGCUGGAUCAACAUUGAUGGCAGGACAAUGGGUCUGACUGUGAAGGGGCUGGAUCAUCCUCACCGCUAUGUGCUGGAAGCAGCCCAGACACACGUCUUCCUGCUCAUGAAAAAGGAUACUUUCUUCCGUUACCUCAAGUCCCCAGUGUACAAAGACAUCCAGAAGAAGGCCCAGAACCCUGAGACUCAUAACUUCAGUCCAGCCCAGCUGGAGCAAAAUGCCCAGAACCGAAGCCUCGGCAUCCAUCCCAUCACCUUCUGGGAGCAGGAGGAGGUGGAAAAGGCCAAGGCAGCUGCCGCCUCGGUUCCAGUCGAUGUCAAGGCAUUGAUGAGCAAACUAGACAGGAAGAAGUAG